AUGGAGCCCGUUAACAUCCCCAUCGAGGCCAAGAAGCGCCGAAUCGGCGUACUCACCUCCGGAGGUGAUGCCCCCGGUAUGAAUGGCGCCGUGCGGGCCGUCGUCCGUAUGGCAAUCCACAGCGGCUGCGAGGCCUACGCCGUCUAUGAAGGAUACGAGGGCCUGGUCAAUGGCGGCAAUAUGAUCCGCCAGGUGCACUGGGAGGAUGUCCGGGGAUGGUUGUCCCGUGGCGGUACGCUGAUUGGCUCUGCCCGGUGCAUGACCUUCCGCGAGCGCGCCGGUCGUCUGCGUGCGGCGAAGAACAUGGUCCUGCGCGGUAUCGAUGCUCUUGUCGUCUGCGGUGGUGAUGGUAGUUUGACCGGUGCCGACGUCUUCCGUGCGGAGUGGCCCGGUCUGCUCGAGGAGCUCAUCAAGUCAGGCGAAUUGACCGCUCAUCAGGUCGAGCCCUACAAGCAGCUUAACAUUGUCGGUCUGGUCGGAUCGAUCGAUAACGACAUGUCGGGCACCGAUGCGACUAUCGGCUGCUACUCCUCCCUUACUCGCAUUUGCGACGCCAUUGACGAUGUCUUCGAUACGGCUUUCUCACACCAGCGUGGUUUCGUUGUGGAAGUCAUGGGUCGUCACUGUGGUUGGCUUGCCCUGAUGUCGGCCAUCAGUACUGGUGCCGAUUGGCUGUUCAUCCCGGAGAUGCCACCCAAGGACGGCUGGGAGGAUGAGAUGUGCAAUGUCAUUACCAAGGUGGGUACAAUUACAUGUCCAAAAAGUCCAAUCAUGAAGUGCGCUAACCCUCUCUGCAAUCAGAACCGCAAGGAGCGUGGCAAGCGCCGCACCAUUGUCAUUGUCGCCGAGGGAGCGCAGGACCGCCAACUUAACAAGAUCUCGAGCUCGACAAUCAAGGAUAUCCUUACCCAGCGUCUGGGUCUGGACACCCGAACCACCGUCCUUGGUCACACUCAGCGCGGUGGUGCCGCCUGCGCCUAUGACCGCUGGCUCUCCACCCUGCAAGGUGUCGAGGCUGUGCGUGCCGUGCUGGAAAUGAACGCUCAGUCGCCAUCCCCCGUCAUCACCAUCCGCGAGAACAAAAUCAUGCGCACUCCUCUGAUGGAUGCGGUGAAGGAGACCCAGGAUGUCACUCAGAAGAUCCACGACAAGGACUUUGCCGCCGCAAUGACUCUGCGCGAUGCCGAGUUCAAGGAAUACUACCACGCUUACCUCAACACUGCUACUCCAGAGCACCCGAAGAUGCACCUUCCUGAGAACAAGAGGAUGCGCAUUGCUAUUGUCCACGUUGGCGCCCCCGCUGGUGGUAUGAACCCAGCCACCCGGGCUGCUGUCGCCUACUGUCUGACCCGUGGUCACACCCCGGUUGCUAUUCACAACGGUUUCACCGGUUUAUGCCGUCACCACGCCGACAAGCCCAUCAGCUCUGUCCGCGAGGUCAAGUGGCUCGAGUCGGACGCCUGGGUUAACGAAGGUGGUUCGGACAUCGGUACUAACCGCAGCCUGCCCUCGGAGGAUAUGGAGACCACCGCCAAGUGCUUCGAGCUUUACAAGUUCGACGCCCUGUUUGUUGUUGGCGGUUUCGAGGCCUUCACUGCCGUCAGCGAGCUGCGUCGGGCCCGCGAGAAGUACAACUCGCUCAAGAUCCCCAUGGUCGUUCUCCCCGCCACCAUCUCCAACAACGUCCCCGGUACCGAGUACUCCCUGGGUAGUGACACCUGCCUCAACACUCUCAUCGACUUCUGCGACGCCAUCCGCCAGUCCGCCUCCUCUUCCCGUCGUCGUGUUUUCGUCAUCGAGACCCAGGGCGGCAAGUCCGGUUAUAUUGCGACCACCGCCGGUCUGGCCGUCGGCGCCGUUGCCGUCUACAUUCCCGAAGAGGGCAUCGACAUCAAGAUGCUCUCGCGGGACAUCGACUUCCUGCGCGACAAUUUCAUCCGCGACAAGGGCGCCAACCGCGCCGGAAAGAUCAUCCUCCGCAACGAAUCCGCCUCAAACACCUACACCACCCAGGUGAUCGCUGACAUGAUCAAGGAAGAAGCCAAGGGCAAGUUCGAGUCCCGCGCCGCUGUCCCCGGCCACUUCCAGCAGGGUGGCAAGCCCUCGCCCAUGGACCGUGUCCGUGCUCUGCGUAUGGCCAUCCGCUGCAUGCAGCACCUGGAGAACUUCGCCGGAAUGGACCGCGAGACCAUCGCUGCUGACCCCUUGUCCUCGUCUGUCAUCGGUGUCAAGGGCUCGCAGGUCCUCUUCUCGCCGAUGGGUGGUGCCGACGGUCUCGAGGAGACUGAGACGGACUGGAAGCGCCGUCGCCCCAAGUCGGAGUUCUGGCUCGAGCUGCAGGAUGUCGUGAACACUCUGUCUGGUCGCUCUGCUUCUCGUACACAGGAGGGCUGGUUCUGCUAUGAGAGUACGUAA